AUGACCGCCACAGGAGUUGGCAGUCCGAUGACUCUUGCAGAGGAGGACAUCGAACUACAGCUACAUGCUGAACGUCGCUAUUUUGAAAGCUGUGUCACUUCGCUAAUAACGCCAUCCGCAGCUCACUACCAAUCUGCUGAACUUGAUUUCAUGACGACUUCUUUAUCUCUCAUGUUGUUUCUUCGAGAAAUUCUCAGAGCCGUCUACGCAGCUCGGCCUGUAACAAACCAAAGCGCAGCUUUGAAUGUCGUCGAAGACAAACUGAGGCACUACAACACGAUCGUCAAACCUCUCCCCCUUGCUCAACACCAGAUACCGGCUGACGAUAGUUCACCUCAUCCAAUCUUCAGUCUUUUGCUUCGGCUGCGCCUUCUCUUCAACCGGUUGAUUUUCUACCGUGGAAUCGUGUUUGGUCGCAUUCGACAUGAGAAGCGGAUAUAUGACGAAGAAGCCCUUCUUGUUACAGUGGUUGACAUGUGUGAAGUCGUACGUUAUCUUGACUCACAUCAGUUUCUACCUAUCUGUCCGGGUUGGACAACCACUGCUCUCUUUCAUGCGUCGGCUGUGCUAUUGAACUUUUAUGCUGGCAAAAGCUCUAUUGCGGCGUCUGAUAUAGCAAUCGACUUACCCACUCUUAUCAAUCAAUUGAUUGAGAGCCUGGAGAAGAUGGAGGAGACAUGGAAUUUUGCUGCUUGGAUAGGCAGGGCAGUGAGGACUGCUUUGGACUCAGUCAAGAGGAAGGUGGAUCAUCGACAACAAAAGCAAAACCCACCAACGCGAGAUGGUGAUUCCUUUGGUGCAGAACGUGAUCCGUUAACACCUCUAUCAGCAGAUAUGCCUCUCGACGAUGGUUUUAUGGAUAUUUUCGAUUGGCAUGCAAUCUUUCCCGAUGGAAUACCGUUUCAAUGA